CAGCCCUUCUCCCAGAGCUCCUCCUUCGUCUUCCUCGAUUUUUUGCACUCAUCCGGCCACGGUAAAAUAACAAAUUAAAGGUUGCUUCUUGCAGACGAUGGCCGAAGUCAAUAUUGGUGAUGGCAAAGAUAUAUAGAGUUCGAAUCCUACCAGAUGCCCAAGAAGACUGGCGCCUCUACCUCAUCCGGUCAGCAUCCGGCUCUUCCCAGGACUCAACCGGACCAACAAGAGACCUUUGAGAUUUUGGAUGAAGAGGAAGCCCCAACGACCGGGGCAGCGGAUUUGAAUCCUCCCCCCAACAAGGGGAAGAAGAGCCGGAUGACGAAGGUGGCUAUGUCUCACCCUUCCUUCAUGAGGAAAAGGGGGGAAAGUGUACCGGAAGUCCAAUCCAUAGAGGAGCUCUGGGUCCUGCUUGGGCUCAAGCUGAAAGAACUUGGUGAGGUGGGUCCGGACGCAAUGGAACAGUUCUCCGAAGACUCUCCCUCCAAGGUGGCCCGGUUGGAAGAGAAAGUGAGGGAAGGGGAACAGGGAGCUGAACGCCGAGGUUCUGCUGCAAACAGAUGAAAUGGCCAAGCUCUCAAAGGCGACCGGGGCAGUAGGUGCUAAGAACCUCAAGCUGAAGGAGGAAAACACCCGGUUGAUGGAUCAGGAGGUCUCACAUCUGAAGGAGAUCGUGGAGUAUUUAGGUUAGGGGUAUUAUGCCAAAUAAAACCAAACGGUUUUGUUGCUACCUAUUUUAAAAAUAUAACAAUAUGUAUGGA